GGGCCUUCAACUUUUUGACAAAUUAAAAGAGAAACACCAUAUUCGAAUUAUCCUCACUAUCUCCUCCAUUCCUCUGUUCUCUGUACUCUCAAAUCAAGUCAGUGGGGUUUGUAAGUUAUGGAGGCUAUGUUCCAGGAAUUCAUCGCCACAUCAACCGAUUUGGUAUGCAAUCAUCUCUCUGAACCAUUGAAUCCAAUGGGUAUGAGCGGGCAAAAUUUCUUCUGUCCUAGCAGUAGUUCCUCAGGCAUGAACAGUCUCCCCGAGAGCAAAUCUGCUACAAAAGAAGGAGAUGAAAAGGAAGGGGAUUGCCCAGAUCCGACUCUGAAGUUCAUAAGCCACAUGCUGAUGGAGGAAGAGGAGUUGGAGAACCAGCCCUGCAUGCUCAGCGAAUGCCUGGCUUAUAAAGCCACCGAGGAACACUUUUCCGACGUCCUCCACGGCACCGGAGGCCAGCCCGACGGUUUCACCUCCGGUACUCAUCCCACUAACACCUCAUCUGAACUUUUGUCCGUUCCAAUUGAAUUCCCCCAUGAAUUUCGAUCUUGCGGGAAACGGACCCACGACUCUCCAUUACCCGACAAUGAAUCUGCAGAAAUCCACCAGCGAAACCCUAAGUACUUGGCGGCCAGUGAAUUGGAAGAAUCCGAAGAGCCGUUAGACGAUACCUUCUACGACGCCCUUCUCUGUCCCGUAGACAGAACAAAUUGCGACCCUAAGGCGGCAGAGAAGACCCGCCGCCGUAGGAAGAAGAAAGGAGAAGUGGAUCCGGAAUUCGUUGACGUCAGAGGAUUGCUCACCCAAUGUGCACAAUCCAUGGCGAAUUACGACAUGAAGGCGGCGAACGAGACUCUCAGGAAGAUAAGAGUGCACUGUUCUCCUCACGGGGGCGAAACCGAAAGGACGGCGUUCUAUCUCGCCAAUGCGCUCGAGGCACGCGCAAACGGAAUGGGGACGUCACUCUAUGCAACUAAGUAUCCCAACAGUAGCUCUGCUGCGGAUAUGGUGAAGGCUGUUCGGAGGUAUGUCCAAGCAGUCCCCUUCAUGGUAGUAUCAACCAUGAUGGCCAACUUAUGCAUAGGAAAACUUGCUGUUGCAGAGGGAGUAACCAGCCUCCACAUCAUAGAUUUUGGAGUUUUGUAUGGUUUUCAAUGGCCAAGUUUCAUCCAAGGUCUCUCGAUGAGGCCCGGUGGGCCUCCCAGGCUUCGCAUCACCGGGAUAGAAUUUCCCCGCCCCGGUUUCCGCCCCGAUGAGCGGGUCAGGGCCACGGGCCUUCGGUUGGAGAAAUACUGCAAGAGAUUCAAUGUCCCGUUUGAGUUCAAAGCCAUAGCACGGAAUUGGGAGAGUAUAACACUCGUAGAUCUCGAGAUUGACAGGGCCCAUGAUGUGCUGGUGGUCAACUGCUUGGACAGGCUCGGAAACGUGUUGGACGAGACGGUGGUGCCGAGCAGCCCGAGGGACACUGUACUCAAUCUCAUCAAGAACAUUAAUCCAGAUGUGUUCAUCCAUUCAGUCGUGAAUGGUACCUACAAUGCCCCAUUCUUUGAUGUGCGGUUCCGAGAGGCACUCUUUCACUUCUCCUCGCUGUUUGACAUGUUUGAUGCGACUCUGCCAAGUGAAGACAAAGACAGGCGACUCUUUGAGGAAACUGCUUUUGGGAAAAUUUUGAUGAAUGUGAUCGCUUGUGAAGGAAUUGAGAGAGUUGAGAGGCCCGAGACAUACAGGAAAUGGCAACUUCGGAGCCUUAGGGCUGGACUUCAACAACUCCCUCUCGAUCAAGAGAUCGUCAAGUCUGUAACUGAGAAAGUGAAAUCAGAUUACAAUAAGAAUUUCUCCGUGGAAGAAGACGAGAACUGGUUGUUGCAAGGGUGGAAAGGAAGGGUUCACCACGCUCUCUCUUUUUGGAAGGCUAAUAACAGCUAGUCGAAUUAUUAUUUUUGUGGCAAAUUAGCAAUGUGUAUUACGUACAUUCAAUGGAUGCGAGAACUAUGUCAGUCUCUUCCUCUUUUGAGCAUUUGUGCUUGAGGUAUUCAAUUUUGAUGAGCUCAGAGGCCUAUCUUGACUUAAUGCGUUUUGUCUAGAGCAAUCAGGAUUGUAUAAGAGGUAAAUAAGUUUGAAACUUUAUGAAAUGAAUGAAAUGUUGUGACAAUAAAGUUAAAGUGAUCGAAUAUAAUGAAGCUCAGAAGAAC